CCCCAUUCUCCCGCUUUCCAUCACCCCGCCCCAUUUUCCCGCUUUCCAUCACCCUACCCCAAUCUCCCGCUUUCCAUCACCCCACCCCAUUCUCCCUCCUUCCAUCACCCCGCCCCAUCCUCCCGCUUUCCAUCACCCCGCCCAAUUCUCCCGCUUUCCAUCACCCCGCCCCAUUCUCCCGCUUUCCAUCACCCCGCCCCAUUCUCCCUCCUUCCAUCACCCCGCCCCAUUCUCCCGCUUUCCAUCACCCCGCCCCAUUCUCCCUCCUUUCCAUCACCCCGCCCCAUUCUCCCGCUUUCCAUCAUCCCGCCCCAUUCUCCCUCCUUCCAUCACCCCGCCCCAUUCUCCCGCUUUCCAUCACUCCGCCCCAUUCUCCCUCCUUCCAUCACCCCGCCCCAUUCUCCCUCCUUCCAUCACCCCGCCCCAUUCUCCCGCUUUCCAUCACCCCGCCCCAUUCUCCCGCUUCCCACAACCCCACCCCAUUCUCCCGCAUUCCAUCACCCCGCCACAUUCUCCCACUUUCCAUCACCCCGCCCCCUUCUCUCUCCUUCCAUCACCCCGCCCAAUUUUCCCUCCUUCCAUCACCCCGCCCCAUUCUCCCGCUUUCCAUCAGCCCGCCCCAUUCUCCCGCUUUCCAUCACCCCUCCCCUUUCUCCCGCUUUCCAUCUCCCCGCCCCAUUCUCCCGCUUCCCAUCACUUCGCCCCAUUCUCCCGCUUUCCAUCACCCCGCCCCAUUCUUCCGCUUCCCAUCAUCCCGCCCCAUUCCCCCGCUUUCCAUCACCCCUCCCCAUUCUCCCUCCUUCCAUCACCCCGCCCCAUUCUCCCGCUUUCCAUCACCCCGCCCCAUUCUCCCACUUUCCAUCACCCCGCCCCAUUCUCCCGCUUUCCAUCACCCCGCCCCAUUCUUCCUCCUUCCAUCACCCCGCCCCAUUCUCCCGCUUUCCAUCACCCCGCUCCAUUCUCCCUCCUUCCAUCACCCCGCCCCAUUCUUCCUCAUUCCAUCACCCCGCCCCAUUCUCCCACUUUCCAUCACCCCGCCCCAUUCUCCCGCUUCCCAUAACCCCACCCCAUUUUCCUGCUUUCCAUCACCACGCCACAUUUUCCCACUUUCCAUCACCCCGCCCCCUUCUCUCUCCUUCCAUCACCCCGCCCCAUUCUCCCUCCUUCCAUCACCCCGCCCCAUUCUCCCGCUUUCCAUCAGCCCGCCCCAUUCUCCCGCUUUCCAUCACCCCGCCCCUUUCUCCCGCUUUCCAUCACCCCGCCCCAUUCUCCCGCUUUCCAUCACCCCGCCCCAUUGUCCCGCUUUCCAUCACUUAGCCCCAUUCUCCCGCUUUCCAUCAUCCCGCCCCAUUUUUUCGCUUUCCAUCACCCCGCCCCAUUCUCCCGCUUUCCAUCACCCUGCCCCAAUCUCCCGCUUUCCAUCACCCCGCCCCAUUCUCCCUCCUUCCAUCACCCCGCCCCAUUCCCCCGCUUUCCAUCACCCUGCCCCAAUCUCCCGCUUUCCAUCACCCCACCCCAUUCUCCCUCCUUCCAUCACCCCGCCCCAUUCUCCCGCUUUCCAUCACCCCGCCCCAUUCUCCCGCUUUCCAUCACCCCGCCCCAUUCUCCCGCUUUCCAUCACCCCGCCCCAUUCUCCCGCUUUCCAUCACCCCGCCCCAUUCUCCCUCCUUCCAUCACCCCGCCCCAUUCUCCCGCUUUCCAUCACCCCGCCCCAUUCUCCCUCCUUCCAUCACCCCGCCCCAUUCUCCCUCCUUCCAUCACCCCGCCCCAUUCUCCCGCUCCAUCACCCCGCCCUCCCGCCCCAUUCUCCCGCUUUCCAUCACCCCUCCCCUUUCUCCCGCUUUCCAUCUCCCCGCCCCAUUCUCCCGCUUUCCAUCACCCCGCCCCAUUCUCCCGCUUUCCAUCACCCUGCCCCAUUCUUCCGCUUCCCAUCAUCCCACCCCAUUCCCCCGCUUUCCAUCACCCCUCCCCUUUCUUCCUCCUUCCAUCACCCAGCCCCAUUCUCUCGCUUUCCAUCACCCCGCCCCAUUCUCCCGCUUUCCAUCACCCCGCCCCAUUCUCCCGCUUUCCAUCACCCCGCCCCAUUCUUCCUCCUUCCAUCACCCCGCCCCAUUCUCCCGCUUUCCAUCACCCCGCCCCAUUCUCCCUCCUUCCAUCACCCCGCCCCAUUCUCCCUCAUUCCAUCACCCCGCUCCAUUCUCCCGCUUUCCAUCACCCCGCCCUAUUCUCCCGCUUCCCAUAACCCCACCCCAUUCUCCCGCUUUCCAUCACCCCGCCACAUUUUCCCACUUUCCAUCACCCCGCCCCCUUCUUUCUCCUUCCAUCACCCCGCCCCAUUCUCCCUCCUUCCAUCACCCCGCCCCAUUCUCCCGCUUUCCAUCAGCCCGCCCCAUUCUCCCGCUGUCCAUCACCCCGCCCCUUUCUCCCGCUUUCCAUCACCCCGCCCCAUUCUCCCGCUUUCCAUCACCCCGCCCCAUUCUCCCGCUUUCCAUCACCCCUCCCCAUUCUCCCGCUUUCCAUCACUCCGCCCCAUUCUCCCGCUUUCCAUCACCCCGACCCAUUCUCCCACUUUCCAUCACCGCGCCUCAUUCUCCCUCCUUCCAUCACCCCGCCCCAUUCUCCCGCUUUCCAUCACCCCGCCCCAUUUUUCCUCUUUCCAUCACCCCGCCCCAUUCUCCCGCUUUCCAUCACCCUGCCCCAAUCUCCCGCUUUCCAUCACCCCACCCCAUUCUCCCUCCUUCCAUUACCCCGCCCCAUUCUCCCGCUUUCCAUCACCCCGCUAUUCUCCCGCUUUCCAUCACCCAGCCCCAUUCUCCCGCUUUCCAUCACCCCGCCCCAUUCUCCCGCUUUCCAUCACCCCGCCCCAUUCUCCCGCUUUCCAUCACCCCGCCCCAUUCUCCCUCCUUCCAUCACCCCGCCCCAUUCUCCCGCUUUCCAUCACCCCGCCCCACUCUCCCGCUUCCCAUAACCCCACCCCAUUCUCCCGCUUUCCAUCACCCCACCACAUUUUCCCGUUUUCUAUCACCCUGCCCCAUUCUCCCUCCUUCCAUCACCCCGCCCCAUUCUCCCGCUUUCCAUCACCCCGCCCCAUUCUCCCGCUUUCCAUCACCCCGCCCCAUUCUCCCGCUUUCCAUCACCCCGCCCCAUUCUCCCGCUUUCCAUCACCCCGCCCCAUUCUCCCGCUUUCCAUCACCCCGCCCCAUUCUCCCUCCUUCCAUCACCCCGCCCCAUUCUCCCGCUUUCCAUCACCCCGCCCCACUCUCCCGCUUCCCAUAACCCCACCCCAUUCUCCCGCUUUCCAUCACCCCACCACAUUUUCCCGUUUUCUAUCACCCUGCCCCAUUCUCCCUCCUUCCAUCACCCCGCCCCAUUCUCCCGCUUUCCAUCACCCCGCCCCAUUCUCCCGAUUUCCGUCACCUCGCCCCAUUCUCCCGCUUUCCAUCACCCCGCCCCAUUCUCCCGCUUUCCAUCACCCCGCCCCAUUCUCCCUCCUUCCAUCACCCCGCCCCAUUCUCCCGCUUUCCAUCACCCCGCCCCACUCUCCCGCUUCCCAUAACCCCACCCCAUUCUCCCGCUUUCCAUCACCCCACCACAUUUUCCCGUUUUCUAUCACCCUGCCCCAUUCUCCCUCCUUCCAUCACCCCGCCCCAUUCUCCCGCUUUCCAUCACCCCGCCCCAUUCUCCCGAUUUCCCCCGCCCCAUUCUCCCGCUUUCCAUCACCCCUCCCCUUUCUCCCGCUUUCCAUCUCCCCGCCCCAUUCUCCCGCUUUCCAUCACCCCGCCCCAUUCUCCCGCUUUCCAUCACCCUGCCCCAUUCUUCCGCUUCCCAUCAUCCCACCCCAUUCCCCCGCUUUCCAUCACCCCUCCCCUUUCUUCCUCCUUCCAUCACCCAGCCCCAUUCUCUCGCUUUCCAUCACCCCGCCCCAUUCUCCCGCUUUCCAUCACCCCGCCCCAUUCUCCCGCUUUCCAUCACCCCGCCCCAUUCUUCCUCCUUCCAUCACCCCGCCCCAUUCUCCCGCUUUCCAUCACCCCGCCCCAUUCUCCCUCCUUCCAUCACCCCGCCCCAUUCUCCCGCUUUCCAUCACCCCGCCCCACUCUCCCGCUUCCCAUAACCCCACCCCAUUCUCCCGCUUUCCAUCACCCCACCACAUUUUCCCGUUUUCUAUCACCCUGCCCCAUUCUCCCUCCUUCCAUCACCCCGCCCCAUUCUCCCGCUUUCCAUCACCCCGCCCCAUUCUCCCGAUUUCCCCCGCCCCAUUCUCCCGCUCUCCAUCACCCCUCCCCUUUCUCCCGCUUUCCAUCUCCCCGCCCCAUUCUCCCGCUUUCCAUCACCCCGCCCCAUUCUCCCGCUUUCCAUCACCCCGCCCCAUUCUUCCGCUUCCCAUCAUCCCGCCCCAUUCCCCCGCUUUCCAUCACCCCUCCCCAUUCUCCCUCCUUCCAUCACCCCGCCCCAUUCUAUCGCUUUCCAUCACCCCGCCCCGUUCUCCCGCUUUCCAUCACCCCGCCCUAUUCUCCCGCUUUCCAUCACCCCGCCCCAUUCUCCCUCCUUCCAUCACCCCGCCCCAUUCUCCCGCUUUCCAUCACCCUGCCCCAUUCUCCCUCCUUCCAUCACCCCGCCCCAUUCUCCCGCUUUCCAUCACCCCGCCCCAUUCUCCCGAUUUCCGUCACCCCGCCCCAUUCUCCCGCUUUCCAUCACCCCGCCCCAUCUCCCGCUUUCCAUCACCCCGCCCCAUUCUCCCGCAUUCCAUCAUCCCGCCCCAUUCUCCCUCCUUCCAUCACCCCGCCCCAUUCUCCCGCUUUCCAUCACUCCGCCCCAUUCUCCCUCCUUCCAUCACCCCGCCCCAUUCUCCCUUCUUCCAUCACCCCACCCCAUUCUCCCGCUUUCCAUCACCCCGCCCCAUUCUCCCGCUUCCCAUAACCCCACCCCAUUCUCCUGCUUUCCAUCACCCCGCCACAUUCUCCCACUUUCCAUCACCCCGCCCCCUUCUCUCUCCUUCCAUCACCCCGCCCCAUUCUCCCUCCUUCCAUCACCCCGCCCCAUUCUCGCGCUUUCCAUCACCCCGCCCCAUUCUCGCGCUUUCCAUCACCCCGCCCCAUUCUCCCGCUUCCCAUCACCCCACCCCAUUCUCCCGCUUUCCAUCACCCCGCCACAUUCUCCCACUUUCCAUCACCCCGCCCCCUUCUCUCUCCUUCCAUCACCCCGCCCCAUUCUCCCUCCUUCCAUCACCCCGCCCCAUUCUCGCGCUUUCCAUCACCCCGCCCCAUUCUCCCGCUUUCCAUCUCCCCGCCCCAUUCUCCCGCUUUCCAUCACCCCGCCCCAUUCUCCCGCUUUCCAUCACCCCGCCCCAUUCUUCCGCUUCCCAUCAUCCCGCCCCAUUCCCCCGCUUUCCAUCACCCCUCCCCAUUCUCCCUCCUUCCAUCACCCCGCCCCAUUCUCUCGCUUUCCAUCACCCCGCCCCGUUCUCCCGCUUUCCAUCACCCCGCCCCAUUUUCCCGCUUUCCAUCACCCCGCCCCAUUCUCCCUCCUUCCAUCACCCCGCCCCAUUCUCGCGCUUUCUAUCACCCAGCCCCAUUCUCCCUCCUUCCAUCACCCUGCCCCAUUCUCCCUCAUUCCAUCACCCCGGUCCAUUCUCCCGCUUUCCAUCACUCCGCCCCAUUCUCCCGCUUCCCCUAACCCCACCCCAUUCUCCCGCUUUCCAUCACCCCGCCACAUUUUCCCACUUUCCAUCAUCCCGCCCCCUUCUCUCUCCUUCCAUCACCCUGCCCCAUUCUCCCUCCUUCCAUCACCCCGCCCCAUUCUUCCGCUUUCCAUCACCCGCCCCAUUCUCCCGCUUUCCAUCACCUCGCCCCAUUCUCCCGCUUUCCAUCACCCCGCCCCAUUCUUUUGCUUUCCAUCACCCCGCCCCAUUCUCCCGCUUUCCAUCACCCUGCCCUAUUCACCAGCUUUCCAUCACACGCCCCAUUCUCCCGUUUUCCAUCACCCCGCCCCAUUCUCCCGCUUUCCAUCACCCCGCUCCAUUCUCCCGCUUUCCAUCACCCCGCCCCAUUCUCCCGCUUUCCAUCACCCCGCCCCAUUCUCCCGCUUUCCAUCACCCCGACCCAUUCUCCCACUUUCCAUCACCCCGCCCCAUUCUCCCUCCUUCCAUCACCCUGCGUCAUUCUCCCUCCUUCCAUCACCCCGCCCCAUUCUCCCGCUUUCCAUCACCCCGCCCCAUUCUCCCGCUUUCCAUCACCCAGCCCCAUUCUCCGGCUUUCCAUCACCCCGCCCCAUUCUCCCGCUUUCCAUCACCCUGCCCCAAUCUCCCGUUUUCCAUCACCGCGCCCCAUUCUCCCUCCUUCCAUCACCCCGCCCCAUUCUCCCGCUUUCCAUCACCCCGCCCCAUUCUCCUGCUUUCCAUCACCCAGCCCCAUUCUCCCGCUUUCCAUCACCCCGCCUCAUUCUCCCGCUUUCCAUCACCCCACCCCAUUCACCCUCCUUCCAUCUCCCCGCCCCAUUCUCCCUCCUUCCAUCACCCCGCCCCAUUCUCCCGCUUUCCAUCACCCCGCCCCAUUCUCCCUCCUUCCAUCACCCCGCCCCAUUCUCCCUCCUUCCAUCACCCCGCCCCAUUCUCCCGCUUUCCAUCACCCCGCCCCAUUCUCCCGCUUCCCAUAACCCCACCCCAUUCUCCCGCUUUCCAUCACCCCGCCACAUUCUCCCGCUUUCUAUCACCCCGCCCCAUUCUCCCUCCUUCCAUCACCCCGCCCCAUUCUCUCGCUUUCCAUCACCCCGCCCCGUUCUCCCGCUUUCCAUCACCCCGCCCCAUUCUCCCGCUUUCCAUCACCCCGCCCCAUUCUCCCUCCUUCCAUCACCCCGCCCCAUUCUCGCGCUUUCUAUCACCCAGCCCCAUUCUCCCUCCUUCCAUCACCCUGCCCCAUUCUCCCUCAUUCCAUCACCCCGGUCCAUUCUCCCGCUUUCCAUCACUCCGCCCCAUUCUCCCGCUUCCCAUAACCCCACCCCAUUCUCCCGCUUUCCAUCACCCCGCCACAUUUUCCCACUUUCCAUCAUCCCGCCCCCUUCUCUCUCCUUCCAUCACCCUGCCCCAUUCUCCCUCCUUCCAUCACCCCGCCCCAUUCUUCCGCUUUCCAUCACCCGCCCCAUUCUCCCGCUUUCCAUCACCUCGCCCCAUUCUCCCGCUUUCCAUCACCCCGCCCCAUUCUUUUGCUUUCCAUCACCCCGCCCCAUUCUCCCGCUUUCCAUCACCCUGCCCUAUUCACCAGCUUUCCAUCACACGCCCCAUUCUCCCGUUUUCCAUCACCCCGCCCCAUUCUCCCGCUUUCCAUCACCCCGCUCCAUUCUCCCGCUUUCCAUCACCCCGCCCCAUUCUCCCGCUUUCCAUCACCCCGCCCCAUUCUCCCGCUUUCCAUCACCCCGACCCAUUCUCCCACUUUCCAUCACCCCGCCCCAUUCUCCCUCCUUCCAUCACCCUGCCCCGCCCCAUUCUUCCGCUUUCCAUCACCCCGCCCCAUUCUCCCGCUUUCCAUCACCCCUCCCCUUUCUCCCGCUUUCCAUCUCCCCGCCCCAUUCUCCCGCUUUCCAUCACCCCGCCCCAUUCUCCCGCUUUCCAUCACCCCGCCCCAUUCUUCCGCUUCCCAUCAUCCCGCCCCAUUCCCCCGCUUUCCAUCACCCCUCCCCAUUCUCCCUCCUUCCAUCACCCCGCCCCAUUCUCUCGCUUUCCAUCACCCCGCCCCGUUCUCCCGCUUUCCAUCAACCCGCCCCAUUCUCCUGCUUUCCAUCACCCCGCCCCAUUCUCCCUCCUUCCAUCACCCUGCCCAAUUCUCCCGCUUUCUAUCACCCAGCCCCAUUCUCCCUCCUUCCAUCACCCUGCCCCAUUCUCCCUCAUUCCAUCACCCCGGUCCAUUCUCCCGCUUUCCAUCACUCCGCCCCAUUCUCGCGCUUCCCAUAACCCCACCCCAUUCUCCCGCUUUCCAUCACCCCGCCCCAUUCUCCCGCUUUCCAUCACCCCGCCCCAUUCUCCCUCCUUCCAUCACCCCGCCCCAUUCUCCCGCUUUCUAUCACCCAGCCCCAUUCUCCCUCCUUCCAUCACCCUGCCCCAUUCUCCCUCAUUCCAUCACCCCGGUCCAUUCUCCCGCUUUCCAUCAUCCCGCCCCAUUCUCCCGCUUUCCAUCACCCCGCCCCAUUCUCCCGCUUCCCAUAACCCCACCCCAUUCUCCCGCUUUCCAUCACCCCGACACAUUCUCCCGCUUUCUAUCACCCCGCCCCAUUCUCCCUCCUUCCAUCACCCCGCCCCAUUCUCCCGCUCUCCAUCACCCCACCCCAUUCUCCCGAUUUCCAUCACCCCGCCCCAUUCUCCCGCUUUCCAUCACCCCGCCCCAUUCUCCCGCUUUCCAUCAUCCCGCCCCAUUCUCCCUCCUUCCAUCACCCCGCCCCAUUCUUCCGCUUCCCAUCAUCCCGCCCCAUUCCCCCGCUUUCCAUCACCCCGCCCCAUUCUCUCGCUUUCCAUCACCUCGCCCCAUUCUCCCGCUUUCCAUCACCCCGCCCCAUUCUCCCGCUUUCCAUCACUCUGCCCCAUUAUCCCUCCUUCCAUCACCCCGCCCCAUUCUCCCUCCUUCCAUCACCCCGCCCCAUUCUCCCGCUUUCCAUCAGCCCGCCCCAUUCUUCCGCUUUCCAUCACCCCGCCCCAUUCUCCCGCUUUCCAUCACCCCUCCCCUUUCUCUUGCUUUCCAUCUCCCCGCCCCAUUCUCCCGCUUUCCAUCACCCCGCCCCAUUCUCCCGCUUUCCAUCACCCCGCCCCAUUCUUCCGCUUCCCAUCAUCUCGCCCCAUUCCCCCGCUUUCCAUCACCCCUCCCCAUUCUCCCUCCUUCCAUCACCCCGCCCCAUUCUCUCGCUUUCCAUCACCCCGCCCCAUUCUCCCGCUUUCCAUCACGCCGCCCCAUUCUCCCGCUUUCCAUCACCCCGCCCCAUUCUCCCUCCUUCCAUCACCCCGCCCCAUUCUCCCGCUUUCCAUCACCCCGCCCCAUUCUCCCUCCUUCCAUCACCCCGCCCCAUUCUCCCUCAUUCCAUCACUCCGCCCCAUUCUCCCGCUUUCCAUCACCCCGCCCCAUUCUCCCGCUUCCCAUAACCCCACCCCAUUCUCCCGAUUUCCAUCACCCCGCCCCAUUCUCCCGCUUUCCAUCACCCCGCCCCAUUCUCCCGCUUUCCAUCAUCCCGCCCCAUUCUCCCUCCUUCCAUCACCCCGCCCCAUUCUUCCGCUUUCCAUCAUCCCGCCCCAUUCCCCCGCUUUCCAUCACCCCUCCCCAUUCUCCCUCCUUCCAUCACCCCGCCCCAUUCUCUCGCUUUCCAUCACCUCGCCCCAUUCUCCCGCUUUCCAUCACCCCGCCCCAUUCUCCCACUUUCAAUCACCCCGCCCCCUUCUCUCUCCUUCCAUCACCCCGCCCCAUUCUCCCUCCUUCCAUCACCCCGCCCCAUUCUCCCGCUUUCCAUCAGCCCGCCCCAUUCUUCCGCUUUCCAUCACCCCGCCCCAUUCUCCCGCUUUCCAUCACCCCUCCCCUUUCUCCCGCUUUCCAUCUCCCCGCCCCAUUCUCCCGCUUUCCAUCACCCCGCCCCAUUCUCCCGCUUUCCAUCACCCCGCCCCAUUCUUCCGCUUCCCAUCAUCUCGCCCCAUUCCCCCGCUUUCCAUCACCCCUCCCCAUUCUCCCUCCUUCCAUCACCCCGCCCCAUUCUCUCGCUUUCCAUCACCCCGCCCCAUUCUCCCGCUUUCCAUCACGCCGCCCCAUUCUCCCGCUUUCCAUCACCCCGCCCCAUUCUCCCUCCUUCCAUCACCCCGCCCCAUUCUCCCGCUUUCAAUCACCCCGCCCCAUUCUCCCUCCUUCCAUCACCCUGCCCCAUUCUCCCUCAUUCCAUCACUCCGCCCCAUUCUCCCGCUUUCCAUCACCCCGCCCCAUUCUCCCGCUUCCCAUAACCCCACCCCAUUCUCCCGCUUUCCAUCACCCCGCCCCAUUCUCCCGCUUCCCAUAACCCCACCCCAUUCUCCCACUAUCCAUCACCUCGCCCCCUUCUCUCUCCUUCCAUCACCCCGCCCCAUUCUCCCUCCUUCCAUCACCCCGCCCCAUUCUCCCGCUUUCCAUCAGCCCGCCCCAUUCUCCCGCUUUCCAUCACCCCGCCCGUUUCUCCCGCUUUCCAUCUCCCCGCCCCAUUCUCCCGCUUUCCAUAACCCCGCCCCAUUCUCCCGCUUUCCAUCACCCCGCCCCAUUCUUCUGCUUCCCAUCAUCCCGCCCCAUUCCACCGCUUUCCAUCACCCCUCCCCAUUCUCCCUCCUUCCAUCACCCCGCCCCAUUCUUCCGCUUUCCAUCACCCGCCCCAUUCUCCCGCUUUCCAUCACCUCGCCCCAUUCUCCCGCUUUCCAUCACCCCGCCCCACUCUUUUGCUUUCCAUCACCCCGCCCCAUUCUCCCGCUUUCCAUCACCCUGCCCCAUUCACCCGCUUUCCAUCACCCGCCCCAUUCUCCCGCUUUCCAUCACCCCGCCCCAUUCUCCCGCUUUCCAUCACCCCGCUCCAUUCUCCCGCCUUCCAUCAUCCCGCCCCAUUCUCCCGCUUUCCAUCACCCCGCCCCAUUCUCCCGCUUUCCAUCACUCCGCCCCAUUCUCCCGCUUUCCAUCACCCCGACCCAUUCUCCCACUUUCCAUCACCCCGCCCCAUUCUCCCUCCUUCCAUCACCCCGCCUCAUUCUCCCUCCUUCCAUCUCCCCGCCCCAUUCUCCCGCUUUCCAUCACCCCGCCCCAUUCUCCCGCUUUCCAUCACCCAGCCCCAUUCUCCCGCUUUCCAUCACCCCGCCCCAUUUUCCCGCUUUCCAUCACCCCGCCCCAUUCUCCCGCUUUCCAUCACCCUGCCCCAAUCUCCCGCUUUCCAUCACCCCGCCCCAUUCUCCCUCCUUCCAUCACCCCGCCCCAUUCUCCCGCUUUCCAUCACCCCGCCCCAUUCUCCCGCUUUCCAUCACCCAGCCCCAUUCUCCCGCUUUCCAUCACCCCGCCCCAUUCUCCCGCUUUCCAUCACCCCACCCCAUUCUCCCUCCUUCCAUCACCCCGCCCCAUUCUCCCUCCUUCCAUCACCCCGCCCCAUUCUCCCGCUUUCCAUCACCCCGCCCCAUUCUCCCUCCUUCCAUCACCCCGCCCCAUUCUCCCUCCUUCCAUCACCCCGCCCCAUUCUCCCUCCUUCCAUCACCCCGCCCCAUUCUCCCGCUUUCCAUCACCCCGCCCCAUUUUCCCGCUUCCCAUAACCCCACCCCAUUCUCCCGCUUUCCAUCACCCCGUCAAAUUCUCCCGCUUUCUAUCACCCCGCCCCAUUCUCCCGCUUUCAAUCACCCCGCCCCAUUCUCCCGAUUUCAAUCACCCCGCCCCAUUCUCCCGAUUUCCAUCACCCCGCCCCAUUCUCCCGCUUUCAAUCACCCCGCCCCAUUCUCCCGAUUUCCAUCACCCCGCCCCAUUCUCUCGCUUUCCAUCACCCCGCCCCAUUCUCCCGCUUUCCAUCACCCCGCCCCAUUCUCCCGCUUUCCAUCAUCCCGCCCCAUUCUCCCUCCUUCCAUCACCCCGCCCUAUUCUUCCGCUUCCCAUCAUCUCGCCCCAUUCCCCUGCUUUCCAUCACCCCUCCCCAUUCUCCCUCCUUCCAUCACCCCGCCCCAUUCUUCCGCUUUCCAUCACCCGCCCCAUUCUCCCGCUUUCCAUCACCUCGCCCCAUUCUCCCGCUUUCCAUCACCCCGCCCCAUUCUUUUGCUUUCCAUCACCCCGCCCCUUUCUCCCGCUUUCCAUCACCCUGCCCCAUUCACCCGCUUUCCAUCACCCGCCCCAUUCUCCCGCUUUCCAUCACCCCGCCCCAUUCUCCCGCUUUCCAUCACCCCGCUCCAUUCUCCCGCCUUCCAUCACCCCGCCCCAUUCUCCCGCUUUCCAUCACCCCGCCCCAUUCUCCCGCUUUUCAUCACUCCGCCCCAUUCUCCCGCAUUCCAUCACCCCGACCCAUUCUCCCACUUUCCAUCACCCCGCCUCAUUCUCCCUCCUUCCAUCACCCCGCCCCAUUCUUCCGCUUUCCAUCACCCGCCCCAUUCUCCCGCUUUCCAUCACCUCGCCCCUUUCUCCCGCUUUCCAUCACCCCGCCCCAUGCUUUUGCUUUCCAUCACCCCGCCCCAUUCUUUUGCUUUCCAUCACCCCGCCCCAUUCUCCCGCUUUCCAUCACCCUGCCCCAUUCACCCGCUUUCCAUCACCCACCCCAUUCUCCCGCUUUCCAUCACCCCGCCCCAUUCUCCCGCUUUCCAUCACCCCGCUCCAUUCUCCCGCCUUCCAUCACCCCGCCCCAUUCUCCCGCUUUCCAUCACCCCGCCCCAUUCACCCGCUUUCCAUCACUCCGCCCCAUUCUCCCGCUUUCCAUCACCCCGACCCAUUCUCCCACUUUCCAUCACCCCGCCCCAUUCUCCCUCCUUCCAUCACCCCGCCUCAUUCUCCCUCCUUCCAUCACCCCGCCCCAUUCUCCCGCUUUCCAUCACCCCGCCCCAUUCUCCCGCUUUCCAUCACCCAGCCCCAUUCUCCCGCUUUCCAUCACCCCGCCCCAUUUUCCCGCUUUCCAUCACCCCGCCCCAUUCUCCUGCUUUCCAUCACCCUGCCCCAAUCUCCCGCUUUCCAUCACCCCGCCCCAUUCUCCCUCCUUCCAUCACCCCGCCCCAUUCUCCCGCUUUCCAUCACCCCGCCCCAUUCUCCCUCCUUCCAUCACCCCGCCUCAUUCUCCCUCCUUCCAUCACCCCGCCCCAUUCUCCCGCUUUCCAUCACCCCGCCCCAUUCUCCCGCUUUCCAUCACCCAGCCCCAUUCUCCCGCUUUCCAUCACCCCGCCCCAUUUUCCCGCUUUCCAUCACCCCGCCCCAUUCUCCCGCUUUCCAUCACCCUGCCCCAAUCUCCCGCUUUCCAUCACCCCGCCCCAUUCUCCCUCCUUCCAUCACCCCGCCCCAUUCUCCCGCUUUCCAUCACCCCGCCCCAUUCUCCCGCUUUCCAUCACCCAGCCCCAUUCUCCCGCUUUCCAUCACCCCGCCCCAUUCUCCCGCUUUCCAUCACCCCACCCCAUUCUCCCUCCUUCCAUCACCCCGCCCCAUUCUCCCUCCUUCCAUCACCCCGCCCCAUUCUCCCGCUUUCCAUCACCCCGCCCCAUUCUCCCUCCUUCCAUCACCCCGCCCCAUUCUCCCUCCUUCCAUCACCCCGCCCCAUUCUCCCUCCUUCCAUCACCCCGCCCCAUUCUCCCGCUUUCCAUCACCCCGCCCCAUUUUCCCGCUUCCCAUAACCCCACCCCAUUCUCCCGCUUUCCAUCACCCCGUCAAAUUCUCCCGCUUUCUAUCACCCCGCCCCAUUCUCCCGCUUUCAAUCACCCCGCCCCAUUCUCCCGAUUUCAAUCACCCCGCCCCAUUCUCCCGAUUUCCAUCACCCCGCCCCAUUCUCCCGCUUUCAAUCACCCCGCCCCAUUCUCCCGAUUUCCAUCACCCCGCCCCAUUCUCUCGCUUUCCAUCACCCCGCCCCAUUCUCCCGCUUUCCAUCACCCCGCCCCAUUCUCCCGCUUUCCAUCAUCCCGCCCCAUUCUCCCUCCUUCCAUCACCCCGCCCUAUUCUUCCGCUUCCCAUCAUCCCGCCCCAUUCCCCUGCUUUCCAUCACCCCUCCCCAUUCUCCCUCCUUCCAUCACCCCGCCCCAUUCUUCCGCUUUCCAUCACCCGCCCCAUUCUCCCGCUUUCCAUCACCUCGCCCCAUUCUCCCGCUUUCCAUCACCCCGCCCCAUUCUUUUGCUUUCCAUCACCCCGCCCCUUUCUCCCGCUUUCCAUCACCCUGCCCCAUUCACCCGCUUUCCAUCACCCGCCCCAUUCUCCCGCUUUCCAUCACCCCGCCCCAUUCUCCCGCUUUCCAUCACCCCGUUCCAUUCUCCCGCCUUCCAUCACCCCGCCCCAUUCUCCCGCUUUCCAUCACCCCGCCCCAUUCUCCCGCUUUUCAUCACUCCGCCCCAUUCUCCCGCUUUCCAUCACCCCGACCCAUUCUCCCACUUUCCAUCACCCCGCCUCAUUCUCCCUCCUUCCAUCACCCCGCCCCAUUCUUCCGCUUUCCAUCACCCGCCCCAUUCUCCCGCUUUCCAUCACCUCGCCCCUUUCUCCCGCUUUCCAUCACCCCGCCCCAUGCUUUUGCUUUCCAUCACCCCGCCCCAUUCUCCCACUUUCCAUCACCCUGCCCCAUUCACCCCCCAUUCUCCCGCUUUCCAUCACCCCGCCCCAUUCUCCCGCUUUCCAUCACCACACCCCAUUCUCCCUCCUUCCAUCACCCCGCCCCAUUCUCCCUCCUUCCAUCACCCCGCCCCAUUCUCCCGCUUUCCAUCACCCUGCCCCAUUCUCCCUCCUUCCAUCACCCCGCCCCAUUCUCCCUCCUUCCAUCACCCCGCCCCAUUCUCCCUCCUUCCAUCACCCCGCCCCACUCUCCCGCUUUCCAUCACCCCGCCCCAUUUUCCCCCUUCCCAUAACCCCAUCCCAUUCUCCCGCUUUCCAUCACCCCGCCAAAUUCUCCCUAUUUCUAUCACCCCGCCCCAUUCUCCCUCCUUCCAUCACCCCGCCCCAUUCUCCCGCUUUCAAUCACCCCGCCCCAUUCUCCCGCUUUCAAUCACCCCGCCCCAUUCUCCCGAUUUCCAUCAACCCGCCCCAUUCUCUCGCCUUCCAUCACCCCGCCCCAUUCUCCCGCUUUCCAUCACCCCGCCCCAUUCUCCCGCUUUCCAUCAUCCCGCCCCAUUCUCCCUCCUACCAUCACCCCGCCCUAUUCUUCCGCUUCCCAUCAUCCCGCCCCAUUCCCCCGCUUUCCAUCACCCCUCCCCAUUCUCCCUCCUUCCAUCACCCCGCCCCAUUCUCUCGCUUUCCAUCACCCCGCCCCAUUCUCCCGCUGUCCAUCACCCCGCCCCAUUCUCCCGCUUUCCAUCAAUCCGCCCCAUUAUCCCUUCUUCCAUCACCCCGCCCCAUUCUCCCUCCUUCCAUCACCCCGCCCCAUUCUCCCGCUUUCCAUCACCCCGCCUCAUUCUCCCGCUUCCCAUAACCCCACCCCAUUCUCCCGCUUUCCAUCACCCCGCCACAUUCUCCCACUUUCCAUCAGCCCGCCCCCUUCUCUCUCCUUCCAUUACCCCACCCCAUUCUCCCGCUUUCCACCUCCCCGCCCCAUUCUCCCGCUUUCCAUCACUCCGCCCCAUUCUCCCGCUUUCCAUCACCCCGCCCCAUUCUCCCGCUUUCCAUCACCCCGCCCCAUUCUCCCGUUUUCCAUCACCCCGCCAGAUUCUCCUGCUUUCCAUCACCCCGCCCCAUUCUCCCACUUUCCACCUCCCCGCCCCAUUCUCCCGCUUUCCAUCACCCCGCCCCAUUCUCCCGCUUUCCAUCACCCCACCCCAUCCUCCCACCUUCCAUCACCCCGCCCCAUUCUCCCUUCUUCCAUCACCCCAAACCAUUCUCCCGCUUUCCAUCACCCCACCCGAUUCUCCCGCUUUCCAUCACCCCGCCCCAUUCUCUUCCUUUCCAUCACCCCGCCCCAUUCUCCCGCUUUCCAUCAGCCUGCCCCAUACUCCCGCUUUCCAUCACCCCGCCCCGUUCUCCUGCUUUCCAUCACCCCGCCCCAUUCUCCCGCUUUCCAUCACCCCGCCCCAUUCUCCCGCUUUCUAUCACCCUGCCCCAUUCUCCCUCCAUCCAUCACCCCGCCCCAUUCUCCCUCCUUCCAUCACCCCGCCCCAUUCUCCCUCCUUACAUCACCCCUUCCCAUUCUCCUGCUUUCAAUCACCCCGCCCCAUUCUCCCGCUUUCCACCACCUCGCCCCAUUCUCCCGCCUUCCAUCACCCCGCACCAUUAUCCCUCCUUCCAUCACCCCGCCCCAUUCUCCCGCUUUCCAUCACUCCGCCCCAUUCUCCCGCUUUCCAUCACCCCACCCCAUUCUCCCGAUUUCCAUCACCCCGCCCCAUUCUCCCGCUUUCCAUCACCCCGCCCCAUUCUCCUGCUUUCCAUCACCCCGCCCCAUUCUCCUGCUUUCCAUCACUCCGCCGCAAUCUCCCUCUUUCCAACACCCCACCCCAUUCUCCCUUCUUCCAUCACCCCGCCCCAUUCUCCUGCCUUCCAUCACCCCGCCCCAUUCUCCCGCUUUCCAUCACCCCGCCCCAUUUUCCCGUUUUCCAUCACCCCGCCACAUUCUCCUGCUUUCCAUCAACCCGCCCCAUUCUCCCACUUUCCACCUCCCCGCCCCAUUCUCCCGCUUUCCAUCACCCCGCCCCAUUCUCCCGCUUUCCAUCACCCCACCCCAUCCUCCCACCUUCCAUCACCCCGCCCCAUUCUCCCUCCUUCCAUCACCCCAAACCAUUCUCCCGCUUUCCAUCACCCCACCCCAUUCUCCCGCUUUCCAUCACCCCGCCCCAUUCUCUUCCUUUCCAUCACCCCGCCCCAUUCUCCCACUUUCCAUCACCCUGCCCCAUACUCCCGCUUUCCAUCACCCCGCCCCGUUCUCCUGCUUUCCAUCCCCCCGCCCCAUUCUCCCGAUUUCCAUCACCCCGCCCCAUUCUCCGGCUUUGUAUCACCCCGCCCCAUUCUCCCUCCUUCCCUCACCCCGCCCCAUUCUCCCUCCUUCCAUCACCCCGCCCCAUUCUCCUUUCUUCAAUCGCCCCGCCCCAUUCUCCUGCUUUCCAUCACCCCGCGCCAUUCUCCCUCCUUCCAUCACCCCGCCCCAUUCUCCCACUUUCCAUCACCACGCCCCAUUCUCCCGCUUUCCAUCACCCCACCCCGUUCUCCCACUUUGCAUCACACCGCCCCAUUCUACAGCUUUCCAUCACCCCGCCCCAUUUUCCCGCUUUCCAUCACCCCGCCCCAUUCUUCCACUUUCCAUCACCCCGCCCCAUUCUCCCGCUUUCCAUCACCCCGCCCCAUUCUCCCCCUUUCCAUCACCCCACCCCACUCUCCCUCCCUCCAUCACAGCGCCCCAUUUUCCCUCCUUCCAUCACCCUGCCCCAUUCUCCCGCUUUCCAUCACCUCGCCCCAUUCUCACGCUUUCCAUCACCGCGCCCCAUUCUCCUGCUUUCCAUCACCCCGCCCCUUUUCUCCCUCCUUCCAUCACCCCGCCCCAUUCUCCCUCCUUCCAUAACCCCGCCCCAUUCUCCUGCUUUCCAUCACCCUGCCCCAUUCUCCCGCUUUCCAUCACCCCGCCCCAUUCUCCCGCUUUCCCUCACCCCGCCCUAUUCUCCCGCACUCCAUAGCCCCGCCCUAUUCUCCCGCUUUCCAUCACCUCGCCCCAUUCUCCCGCUUUCCAUCACCCCGCCCCAAUCUCCCUCCUUCCAUCACCCCACCCCAUUCUCCCUCCUUUAA